AUGGAUGUAAGAAGUCGUCAGCAAGCAAUCUCAAAAGUGCUUAUGAAAGCGUGGCGUGAAAGAUGGACAGAAUACGAGUUUGGUAUACAAAUUAAACAAUGUUUUCCUUCAGUAAGGCUUAUUGCAGAUGCUAAUAAUCUUACCGAUGUCAUAAUGGAGCAAAGUUUAAUAGGCGCUGGUGUCAACAAACUACUUCUAUCCUAUCUGAAACACUCGUUACACUCCCAGUUGAUCAGUUACCCAGCUGUUGUCAUGAGAAUCACAAAAUACACAAAUUAUGAACGCUAUAAUUGCAUCAAAGCAUUGCUGGAUUUCCUGCUUGACAUAAUUGAUGGAGUUACAUGUAGAAGUAAAGCAGAAGAAUCAGCUUUGAUGAGUGCUCUAUUAUCAUUGGUGUUCUGGCUGAUUGAAAUGACAGAAAAACUUGUUAAACAUGUUGAAUUAAACAACGGACCAACAAAAGAACAAGAACAUUGUCUUGAAAAGAUAACAACACUCAGUCAUAGUAUCAUUAAAAAUAAAUUUCUCAUGGGCGUUUUGUACUUAGCAAAACUUGAAGAUCGCGAACUUUACGAUAAAUGCAUCAUAAACUAUAAAAGAAUACACAAUAUGAGCAAAUAUGAAGUUGUGAAAAUUUUUUAUCAAAUGAUUUUUGUUAAACUUGAUCACAUGGCAAUGAAAGAACUUGAACAAAGAGUCGUUGAGCCGAUAACAUUUUGUUUACAACCUUUUAUGUCAAUUGAAGUUCUCGUUCAUUCGAGUGCUGACACGAGCGUUCAUGUGUCAAAAUUUUUAAUGAUUCAGAAAUUGAAAAGAUACUCAACAUCUCGUCUUUAUUGCGAGAUUAUUCGUUCAUGUUUUAUUACAUUGUGUCAUGUCAAAGAAGUGAAUUAUCGGAUUUGGGGAGCAUUUUUUCUCUUCAAACUUCCAUUAAUUCUUAAACAAAUUCAUCUUCAAACAAAAACAUCCGAUGAUAAAAUGGAUUUCUCUGAAGAUGUUAUAAAAGCUUUCGAGAUGCUCAUGGAGUGUACACCAAUAGUUGAUCUCAUGGAUACAACAUUCCAAUGCAACUCAAUUGAAUGUUUUCUCGUUGAACUAAUGAAACAUAAUUUAAUAAGUGAAGAUAACUUCAAGAAAAUUGUCGAUAAACGUGAGAUCGCGAUAUCUAAAUUAGAAAAAUUCGACAUUCCUAGCACUCCACCUCCAAUUAAUCAAUUUGUUUCUACAAUAGAACCAACUUUAAAUGGUUUUAUAUCAUCAUUGAGAGAUCAAGUAAUGCCAGAAGUUCCAGUUCUUCAAAUGUUCUGUACCCUUCUUGUUGAGAAUCGAGCAUUUCUUCUAUAUUCUGUUGCAAGUGUGAAAGCACAACACAAAACGAUGAUCAAUGGAAUUGUUAAAGUCAAUGACAAGUCAAAAGAAAUUUUAGGAGAAGCUUCAAAGAGCAAACAAGCUGUAACUUUCUACGCUAAUAUGUUCGAUAUGUCAUUCAUUUUGCUCUUUUCGAUAAUGCAGAAAAGUGGUUGCGAGAACUUUCCAGAAAUGACUGGUGAUUAUUUCUUUGAAAAAUGGUGUAGAGAAGGAAUGGCAUUUCCAUAUAAAUCCAAAUCACCGAUGAGUAUCGUAAAAAUGUGCGAUCAAACGAAAGUUGAAGAAAUGAUUGCAUAUUUCAGUGACACAACCACUGCACAAUCUUCAACAAUAUCUUUUAAAUGGGGUGAAAUUUGCAUCAAUAUCCCAGCGAUGCUUCAUAACGUUCUCAUCGCGUGGGAGAAUGAAACAAUAACAACAGUAAGAGUCAAAAACAUUCUUGACAAUAUGCGAACGAAAAUGUGUUGCUUUGCUGUUAUUGCUGCCUCUUGGCUUUGUUCUUAUGUAAAAGUUCUUCGUGAAGAUGAACAAGCAAAACCGAAAUUUAUGGUACAACAAUUGAUGAAACCUGUUGAUGAAAACACUAUGAAGUUGGAAACAUUUAGUGAAAAAUUAUCAUUAACACAUGAAAUCAUCAUGAAACUUUACGACUCAAGAAAUUCAGCAGAAAUUUUAUAUAGUCAAAAGCCUUUGAAUGAAACAUUUUGUGAACUUUGGAAAGAAAUCAGCGCUAAACGUUGGCUCCCUUUUGAAGUUGCUAUAAAUCUUGAACAACUUUUCAAAUCUUGCGGUGCUUUUUGGUUGAUGAAAAAUCUCAUUGAACAAAUUUUCAAAUGCAAAUUUAUUAAAGAAAUGGAAACGACAAUGGAUAUUGUCUUUGCAGUUAUGCAUUUGAAUAUUGAAGCUUGUACCGAAACAUUAUUACGCGAUAUUCUUCCAAUUAUGUUAUUGAAUAAGAGCCAUUGUUCCAAAUUAAAAGGGUUACAAUCAAGAAUGUUGGCGAAACUUUGUGUCUAUGCAAUUUUAUCAACAAUGGACACAGCUGAUGUCAACCGAAAACGUCCGCGAGAUGACGACGAUGAUAUGAAUUCAAUGACAAAAGUAAGAAAAACUGGAAUCGAACAACAAUCAAUUGGAUCAGGUAUUGAAGGAAGUUCUAAUGAUAAAGAUAUUUCAUCACAAUUGAGAGAAUCCCUCAAAAUGUCACUUCAAGAUCUAUUCAAGAUUUUUUAUCAGCAAGUGACAAAAGAUGAAAUGUCACCAAAAGUUGACUUCAUCUUUCAAUUUUUAUCGUUGUUAGUUCAACUUGAGAAAAGUGUCAAACUCAAAUCAAUUUUGAAACUUAUUCCAAAUGGUUUGAUAAUGAAUCUCUUAAAAAUUAUUCCUGAAGAUGAUGUGUCGUUUGGAUUUGUUCUAAGACUUUAUGAUCUUUCCGUAUCAUCAGGAAGAGCUCUAGCAAUCUCCGAGUUAUGUCUUCUUCGUAACAUUCAAAUCCGAAAGAACAGUAUAAAGCUAUAG